UCCUGGCUGCAGUAGGGGUGGUAAGAGGAUUAGGUGACAGUCCCCUAACCCAGCCCGGAACUAACGCCCUCCUCCCCCUCACUCACACGCUCUGGCCUGCCCAGCUCCAAGCCUGCCAAAGCUCAGAAUAACCCUGAGGACCAGACAGCGGGAUGGCCGUGGCUCUGCUCAGCGCCUUAUUCCUCUUGCAGCUUCUCGGCAGAGGUGAGGGGAAGAAUGAGGAGUUGCGCCUUUAUCACCAUCUUUUUGACAACUAUGAUCCAGGACGCAGGCCAGUGAGACAGUCUGAGGACACUGUCACCAUCACAUUCAAGGUCACCCUGACCAACCUCAUCUCACUGAACGAGAAAGAAGAGACCCUGACCACCAGCGUCUGGAUUGGAAUCGACUGGCAUGAUUACCGACUUAACUACAGCAAGAAAGACUUUGGGGGCGUAAACCCCCUGCGGGUCCCUGCAAAACUCGUAUGGUUACCAGAGAUUGUGCUGGAGAACAAUAUUGACGGCCAGUUCGGCGUGGCCCACGAAGCCAACGUGCUGAUCGACGAGGGCGGUUCAGUGAGCUGGUUGCCCCCGGCCAUCUACCGCAGCACCUGCGCCGUGGAAGUCACCUACUUCCCCUUCGACUGGCAGAACUGCUCGCUCGUUUUCCGCUCUCAGACGUACAAUGCCGAAGAGGUAGAGUUCGUCUUUGCGGUGGAUGAUGAAGGCGAGACCAUCAGCAAGAUCGAUAUCGACACUGAGGCCUAUACUGAGAACGGCGAGUGGGCCAUCGACUUCUGCCCCGGGGUGAUCCGCCGCAGCUCCGCAGGCUCCGCCGACGGUCCAGGGGCCACUGACGUCGUCUACACGCUCAUUAUUCGCCGGAAGCCGCUCUUCUACAUCAUUAACAUCAUUGUGCCCUGUGUGCUAAUCUCAGGCCUGGUGCUGCUCGCCUACUUCCUGCCGGCGCAGGGUAAGGAGUCGCCCCAACCCCAAAGCCAGGCUCGUUUCGGGGGAGGAGAAGGGCAUCUGCUCUUACUGGGCGCUCCCUCCAGCCGGUGGCCAGAAAUGCACCGUGUCCAUCAACGUCCUACUCGCCCAGACCGUCUUCUUGUUCCUAAUCGCCCAGAAAACCCCAGAGACGUCUCUGAGCGUGCCACUGCUGGGCAGGUCUUGUUGGAGCUGCUGCCGCGACUCUUGGGCUCAGGCGCGCCUCUCGAGGCCCCCGGGGCCUCCUCUCCCCCGAGGCGUGCAUCUUCUGUGGGCAUAUUGCUCCGUGCGGAGGAGCUGAUACUAAAAAAGCCGCGGAGCGAGCUCGUCUUUGAAGGGCAGAGGUACCGGCACGGGCCCUGGACUGCGGCCCUCUGCCAGAGCCUGGGUGCCGCCGCCCCCGAGAUCCGCUGCUGUGUGGAUGCUGUGAACUUCGUGGCCGAGAGCACGCGAGACCAGGAGGCCACUGGAGAGGAGGUGUCCGACUGGAUGCGCAUGGGGAAGGCCUUAGACAACAUCUGCUUCUGGGCCGCUCUGGUGCUCUUCAGUGUGGGCUCCAGCAUCAUCUUCCUCGGGGGCUACUUCAACCAAGUGCCUGAACUGCCUUACCCACCGUGUAUGUAGACCUGGGCGGUGGCUGCAUGGAUUUCAACUUCCUACCCAUUUUCACAAAGAAAUAGAUUUUGAAAAACAAGUUUCUGCCACUGCUAUAUUCUGACUCUUUUCCACUGCCAUUAAUAAAUCAGUGCUUCGUGUGCGCACAA